UGGUAAAUCUACCAGCGCCUGGGAGGAAGAACGAGUUGCUUUUCCGUGAAAGCCAACUCCUUUUUUUUUUUCUGUUCUCCGAUCUUACCCCUUCAAAGAUCCAAUUGAACUGUUCACACAUCAGAUUUCCAAAAUUUGCUUGAUUUUAAUUUGAGGUCGAAACCCUUUAAGUGAUUAGUCAAAGAAGAAGAAGAAGAUGAGCGACGUGUUUGAAGGGUACGAGCGCCAGUACUGCGAGCUCUCAGCUAAUCUCUCCCGGAAAUGCAAUUCGGCGUCGCUUCUCUCCGACGGAGAAGAGAAGAAUGGAAGGAUUGCUGAGAUAAAGUCUGGAAUAGACGAAGCUGAUGUUUUGAUCCGGAAAAUGGACCUCGAGGCAAGAAGUUUGCAGCCGAGUCCAAAGGCCGUGUGUCUUGCCAAACUGAGAGAAUAUAAAUCUGAUCUGAGUCAGCUGAAGAAGGAGCUAAAGCGGGUUUCUUCCCCAAAUGCUAGCCAAUCUGCCCGUGAAGAGUUGAUGGAAUCUGGAAUGGCGGAUCUGCAUUCGGUCUCGGCCGGUCAGAGGGAGAGAUUGGCAAUGUCUGUGGAGAGACUUGAUCAAUCAAGCAAUAGAAUCACAGAGAGCCGAAGAACAAUGCUGGAGACAGAAGAGCUUGGUGUCUCGAUUCUUGAAGAUCUUCAUCAGCAAAGACAAACCCUUCUUCACGCACACAGCAAGCUUCACGGUGUGGAUGACGCCAUCGACAAGAGCAAGAAAAUACUGACUUCCAUGUCGAGGAGAAUGACAAGGAACAAAUGGAUCAUUGCUUCGGUUAUCACUGCUCUCAUCCUCACCAUCGUCCUUAUCAUCUCGUUCAAGCUUUCUCACCACUAAAACGUACUUAAAAGACACAACUCUUCUGUCUUUGUGUUUGUGUAUAUGAUGAUUGCCCUGUAAUGGAUCUGAACCUCCCUGUCUCUCCCAAAGUUGUAUUCCAAAGAUUUGUUGUGUGUGUGUAAUGGAUCUCCCUGUACCCUUUUCAUUACAUGGAAAUAGUGUGCGGAAUCGGUUCAUUGUUAA